GCGUGGUCCGUCCAUCUCCCAAUCUCAUCUCAUUCCGCCCGCUAAAUACUCUGUGCUGGAGCACGUAAAGGUACAGUUACUCACAGAUCGGAGGUCGAAUUUGCAAUGGCGACGAGGUAUUGGGUGGUAUCCCUCCCCGUCCAAUCGUCAGCUCCUGCUCUAUGGAGCCGACUGCAGGAAUUAAUCUCUAAGAAAGCCUUCGACACGCCUCUCUACCGGUUUAACACUCCCGAUCUUCGUGUGGGCACCUUGGACUCCCUCCUUUCUCUGAGCGACGAUCUCUCGAAGUCGAAUGCUUUCAUAGAAGGGGUGGCGCACAAGAUACGGCGGCAAAUCGAAGAGUUGGAGCGGGCAUCUGGGAUCGAAAGCUUGGCUCUUACUGUGGAUGGUGUUCCCGUGGAUACCUAUCUCACGAGGUUCGUUUGGGAUGAAUCUAAGUAUCCCACAGUAUCGCCACUUCGGGAGAUUGUUGAUACCAUUCACAGUCAAGUAGCCAAAAUUGAGGAUGAUAUGAAGAUUCGUGCUGCGGAAUAUAAUACUGUGCGUGGGCAACUUAAUGCAAUAAAUAGGAAGCAAACUGGGAGCUUAGCCGUUCGCGAUCUUUCCAAUAUAGUAAAGGCGGAGGAUAUCAUCACAUCCGAGCAUUUGGUCACGCUUCUCACAAUUGUUCCGAAGUACUCGCAGAAGGAUUGGCUGUCAAGCUAUGAAACGUUGACUACUUACGUAGUACCCAGAUCAUCUAAAAAGUUGUACGAGGACAAUGAGUAUGCUCUCUACACCGUAACACUCUUUGGUAGAGUUGCUGACAAUUUUAAAAUUAGUGCGCGUGAAAGAGGUUUUCAGAUCCGAGAAUUUGAAUAUAGUACAGAAGCUCAAGAGAAUCGGAAACAAGAGCUGGAAAAACUAAUGCAGGAUCAGGAAAACUUGAGGAGCUCUCUUUUACAAUGGUGUUAUGCAAGCUAUGGGGAGGUCUUUAGUUCCUGGAUGCACUUUUGUGCCGUGCGUGUAUUCACUGAGAGCAUUCUCAGAUAUGGUUUGCCGCCAUCAUUCUUGGCUGCAGCUCUUGCGCCGCCGGUGAAAAGUGAGAAAAAAGUACGGAACUUGUUGGAGCAGCUGUGUGGCAAUGUCAACAGCACUUACUGGAAAUCUGAAGAUGAUGCUGGUGCGGUUGCUGGUGUAGGUGUUGAAACAGAUUCUCAUCCAUAUGCCUCCUUCACUGUCAAUGUUUCUUGAGAUAAAAAUAUCUCUUGAUGUGUUUCUGACUUGUCGAAUUAUUCUUAUUAUUCGGAACAAAAUCACUAUGAAACGUAAUCCUGCUGUAUUAUCUCUGGUAAGUACGAUUUUUAUUUUAUUUUAUUAUUAUUUAACCGACCCCAUGUAACGGGAUUAAGGCUU